UGGAACCAACAUCGAAGCAAACUGUUGGAAAACAAGACUAACCGUCGUGUACGUAUCUCUUCGUCUAUAUAUAUGUAUGUGUGCAUAAAUUUUAAAAACAUGUACUCGUACAAAAAAAUAAGUUACCAGAUGGAAGAGGUAAUGUCAAUGAUCUUCCACGGAAUGAAACUAGUUAAAUCGCUCGAGUCCAGCUUACCGGAAAAGCCACCGGAAUCUCUAUUGACAUCUCUUGACGAGAUCGUAAAGACAUUCAGUGAUGCAAACGAGCGGCUGAAGAUGUUACUAGAGAUUAAGAACUCCGAGACUGCGUUAAACAAAACCAAACCGGUGAUUGUGUCCGUUGCAAACCAGAUGUUGAUGCAGAUGGAACCGGGUCUGAUGCAAGAGUAUUGGUUAAGGUAUGGCGGGUCCACGUCGUCUCAAGGAACGGAGGCCAUGUUCCAGACGCAGCUCAUGGCCGUUGAUGGUGGUGGAGAAAGGAAUUUGACGGCUGCAGUAGAAAGAUCCGGCGCUAGCGGUUCCUCCACGCCAAGGCAGCGGAGAAGGAAGGACGAAGGAGAAGAACAAACGGUGUUGGUGGCGGCGCUAAGGACGGGGAACACAGAUCUGCCACCCGACGAUAACCAUACUUGGCGUAAAUACGGUCAAAAAGAAAUUCUUGGCUCUAGGUUUCCUAGGGCGUACUAUAGGUGCACCCACCAAAAGCUAUACAAUUGCCCGGCCAAGAAACAAGUCCAACGCCUUAACGACGAUCCCUUCACCUUCCGGGUCACAUACCGUGGCUCACACACUUGCUACAACUCAACCGCUCCAACCGCAUCCUCUGCCACUCCAAGUACCAUUCCAAUCUCAUCCGUCACCACUGGUCAUUCUGUUGACUACGGUCUUGCUGUCGUUGACAUGGCUGAUGUUAUGUUUGGUAGCGGCGGGGUCGGAACCAACAUGGAUUUCAUAUUUCCUAAAAACGAUCCAUCUUAACAUCAUCACCGUUUCCGGCAGCUGGAUGACGGAUUGACGGUGACGAAAACAAUCAAGAUUCAUCUACGUACAGAGGAAAAAUAUACAGUAUUUCUUAAGAUUAAGUUCUGCGGAUUUUAUGUAUGGGUAGUGAGUGAUGCA